AUGGCAGCUCUUCAUGAUUCUGGUAUUGAUCCGGAAAAUAUUACUUUCCUGGAAUCUGAUAAAAGAGAUUCUACUCUUAGACAGUAUGACUCUGCUCUUAAGAGGUUGGUUAAAUUUGUGAAAGAAAAGGAAGUGCAGGUUAUGACAACCAAUCUAGCAAUUUCAUUUUUUAAAGAAUUGUUUGAUCAAGGCUUAGCUCCUGACCUGAGUCCGGGGCAGCACUUCCAUGACGAGACACGACGUGGGCAGGGGCAGGAACGGCAGGAACGUCAACAGCAGGAUCAGCAACAACAGGAACAGCAACAGCAGGACCAGCAACAGCAGGAGCGUCACGCACAGCAAGCCUCACAGGAGCGGCGCGAGCGGCUGGGCCAGCAACAACAUCGGCGACAGGUACGGCAGGUACGGCACCAUAAUCAGGCGUCCCAGGCGUCUUACAGUCAGCCAGCUUCAUCACAGGAACAGGCAGCAGGUCCAGGGGAGAACUCUUUGGGCAGCGAAAGUCGGGGGUCAGCAGCACAAAGAAACCAGGUGGAGGUGGCACGCCCCUCCUUGGCAUGGCAGCGAUCGGCAUUUGGAUUGAUGCUGUCGGGGUCACCGAAGCAAUGUGCUGCGUAUACACCACAUGCGGAGGGGCGGCGUACCCUGGAGUAG